AUGGUAUACAUGAGUGGACGAGAGACUGACUCGAGUACUUUAUUGGUGUCAAAAAUCUGGUUGAACCGCUCCAUAGACAGCAAAUGCCCGUUUCUUCACGAUAUUAUGGAGGGGAAGUGGAGAAUGUACGAGGAUAUAGGUGAAAUCAAGAAAGGACCAUGGAAUGAAGAAGAAGAUAAGGUGCUGAUAAAUCAUGUUAAAAAGUAUGGUCCAAAAGACUGGAGCUCUAUUCGAUCUAAAGGCCUCUUGCAUCGGACUGGCAAGUCUUGUCGUCUCCGUUGGGUUAACAAACUCCGACCCAACUUGAAAAAUGGGAUUAAGUUUUCGGCAGAAGAGGAAAGAACCGUAAUAGAUCUUCAGGCCCAACUCGGGAACAAAUGGGCGAGUAUCGCCACAUAUUUACCAGGAAGAACAGACAAUGAUGUCAAGAAUUUUUGGAGCAGCCGACGGAAGAGGCUGGCAAGGAUUCUACAGACGCCUCCAUCGUCUUCCAGCAAACAAGUCGAGGCCUCCGGUGUCCAUGUACCUUCUUUGGAGGCACUCGAGUUCACCUCAGGAAAACAAAGAGAAGCUGCGUACGAGCAAGAUAUCGAACAACAAGAAGGAAAAGGAUUGACGGAUCUGAUAUAUCCAAUCACUUUUAAUUUUGAAGAGAGCUUGUAUCAGCUCGAAUUUGACCCUACUGACAUGAAACUGCACAAUGCAUUACAAUCAUCUCUCCCAUUUCCUCCACAACUCAAUCUAGACUUCCCUCCACUCGGAAACCAAGAAUUCAUCACGAGGUUUGAAGAUCCCAACUUCUUCGAUGUUUUUGGGCAUGGAGGUGCUUCAGAAAUUGGGACUGCUAGCGUUGCAAAUGUAACUCCGGAAAUAAGCUUCAUUGAAGAUUUCCCACCCAUGGACAUUUUCGACCAUAUUGAACCAUUUCAUAGCGCAUUAGAGUGGUGA